GCCUUUUUAUCUGGCUUUGUCAAGAGUGGAUUAUCUCUUCUAGGCAAAGAUUCAAGUUCAUUUCCUUAUUCCAUAGGUGAAAAAGUGAUAUUUUACGAACACCCAUUUUGGUCACUACAUCACGGUACAAAAAAGGAAGAUGGUUCUUUAGUAUCUGUAUUUGUCUUUGACUGUAUUAAGAAUAGAGACAGGAUCCAAAUGGCUCGCAAUGCUUUCAAAAGGUUACGAACUUUACGACAUCCAGACUUAUUAAAAUACCUCGAUGGUGUUGAAAAUGAACAAGCCAUCAUGUUUGUCACUGAUCCUGUGGAACCACUCUCCAAUCAACUCGGUCAAGAUCCAGAUCAAAAUUUGGUUCUUUGGGGUCUUUAUAAAAUCGCGAAUGCUAUCAAGUUUCUCAACAAUGAUUGUUCCCUUAUACAUGGUAAUAUACGAACUAGUUCUAUUUUUACAACGAAGGCUGGUGAAUGGAAACUAGGUGGUCUUGAAUUAUUAUCUUCCAUGAAAGAAGAAAGUCCAAUGAUUUUGACUUUUGGUGGUUUAGUACCUGAUGCUCAGAAAUAUGCUCCACCAGAAAUCAAACAAUCUAGUUGGUCCAAUGUGAAAGAUUUACCUAUAACAGCUGUGGAUUCCUAUCAACUUGGAUGUCUUAUCUACGAAGUAUAUAACCGACAAUUCAACAGUGCGGAUCAAUUAUUACAUCAAACAGGCAACAUUCCCACUUCGAUGAUACGUAUUUAUAAAUCACUUUUACAGACUUCACCUCGAUCACGAUCAGAUGCCGAUAGCUUUUUAGACGAGGGUAUACGCUCUUCAAAAAACAAUGGAUAUUUCGCUGUAGAUUUUAUUCGAGUUAAUUUAUUUUUGGAAAAUAUCAGUAUCAAGGAACAAGGCGAAAAGGAAGCAUUUUUCAGGAAAUUAGAUACUGUGGUAGGUCAAUUCCCUAAUGAAUUUGCCAUGUACAAAAUCUUGCCUGAACUGGUCAAUGCAUUUGAAUUUGGUUCUGGUGGUGCCAAGGCUCUCAACGCUAUUAUGAAAAUUGGAGAACAUCUUCCUGAUGACGAAUUUGACAAGGUACUUGUGACUCCUAUCCUACGUAUGUUUGCAUCUCCCGAUCGUGCUAUCCGUGUUAGCUUGUUAGAAAACAUGCCCAAAUUUAUUGAUCAUAUUCCUGAUAAGGUGGUUUGUGCUCAAGUCUUUCCUCAUGUCGCCACUGGAUUUACAGAUACUGUGCCUAUUAUUCGUGAACAAACCAUCAAAGCCAUUCUUCAAUUGGUACCCAAGCUCAGUGAACGUAUCAUCAAUUAUGAUUUACUAAAAUACCUGGCCAAAUUACAAAUGGAUCAAGAACCUGGAAUUCGUACAAAUACAACUAUAUGUCUAGGGAAAAUGGCGAAAAACCUUAGUGAUGCAACUCGAAAAAAGGUCCUUCUUCCUGCAUUCACGCGUAGUUUACGAGAUGGUUUUCACCAUGCAAGAAUUGCAGCUCUCAUGGCUCUGAAUGCUACAGCAGAAUAUUAUACUCCUGAAGAAUGUUCUCAACGUGUUGUCCCUGCCAUUUCUAUGGUAUUACUUGAUAAGGAAAAACCUGUACGAAUUCAAGCAUUUAAAACGAUGUCAUCAUUUAUCAAAAAGUUGGAAGAAGAAGCUGAAAAUAUGGCAGAUACAGCUUUGGAACCCGUAACACCUGUCAAAGACUCUUCUACUACAUCAGAAUCCUUAACAAGUAGUAAUCCAUCAACACCUGGUGUGUCAAUGUUUGGAGGAGCUACGAAAGGUUUAGCAGACUGGGCAGUAUCAUCUAUUACUAGGUUCGGGACACCUAAUGGCGAAAUUGAACCUGCAGCAGUGACUCCAGUAUCCAGACCAAUGGAUGAUAAUAGUAGUCGACCAAGUUCGAUUGGUUUUUCGGAUCGUUUGACUAUGGAAGAAACAAAUUCUUUGGAUGGAUGGGAUGAAGAUACAUCAUUUUCUGAUCAAAAAAAUGAUUUGCUUGAUAUGAAUGACGGCUGGGAACCAUUUGAUGUAACACCUCAAGAACCUAUUAAAGCAGAACCAAUCACGUCAAUUAUUCCAACCAACAAUCAUGCAUCAUCUAUAUCAAGCUUUGGAUCACCUACUCCAUAUCGUUCUUCUAAGAAUGAUAGUCCUCGUCAAUCCAUGAAACUUGGUCAUAAACAACCUCCUUCUCUUGCCCAAGCAUUGAAUCUCGAUGAAGAGAAUAGUUAUACCCCACCGACCUCUACGGCAACAACAUCUAAUCAUACUGAUCGCAAGGCAGAACUAGAAAGAAAACGAGAAGAACGACGACAGCGUAUGGCUGAAUUACGAGAAAAGAAGAAAAGUGGUAUUGGUGCCAAGAAAGUUUAGUUUAAUAUAUCUCAUUUGAAAUAAAUUUAUUUUUUUUACUGUUA